GUAUUUCUCAACUUCAUUUAUGCACCCCAUAACCUCAGAAGAAGAAACGUGUUUAUAAAUUUUAAUUUUUUUUAGAAAAAAAAAAUUAAAUCAUUAUAUAAUAAAGUGUUUCAAAACCUCUUCUUAUGAAUAGAAACUCGUAUUGAGAUCCGGCCAAUAUUUCACUCUCUCACCUUAUCGCCAUGGAAGAAUCCAAGAACACGAGCAAAAAAGUUGUGAUGUUCCCAUGGCUGGCGCAUGGUCAUAUCUCACCAUUUCUAGAGCUUGCCAAGAAACUCGCUGACAAUAACUUCACAAUUUUUCUAUGUUCUUCUCCUGUAAUUCUUCAAAAUGUGAAGCCAGAACUCCCCGAUCAUUACUCUGCUUCCAUUGAACUUGUGGAGCUCAACAUUCCUUCUUCGCCAGAGCUUCCUCCUCAAAUGCACACCACCAAUGGCCUCCCUCUACGCUUAAUCCCCACCCUCGCCAACGCCUUGAACAUGGCCGCUCCCGAUUUCUCCGCCAUUCUACAGAAACUGAACCCCGAUUUGCUCAUCUUCGACAUCUUCCAACCCUGGGCGGCGGAAAUUGCUUCCUCCUUCCACAUUCCUGCUAUUUUGUUGUUUACUUUUGGUUAUUGUACAACCGCUUUAGCGCUUCAUUCUGUCCAGAGCUCCGAUACGAAAUUCCCCUUUCCCGAGCUCACCAAACCGUUCAAUCUGAAGAAGAGAGUCAACAUACCUCGCAAAGGAGGACGGAUAUUGAAAUGCCUGCUGGAUCUGGAACAUUCUUCAGAAACUAUUUUGGUGAACAGUUUUACAGAAAUCGAGGGCGAUUAUAUGGAGUAUGUAUCGGUCUUAUCGAAGAAGAAGGUCCUUCCGAUCGGUCCUCUGGUUCAGAAAUCUUGCUCCAAGGAAGACGACGAAUCGGAAAUUCUCCGGUGGCUUGACAGGAAGAACCCGAAAUCGACGGUCUACGUUGCGUUCGGGAGCGAGUAUUACUUGGAGAAAGAAGACAUCGUGGAGAUUGCGCACGGCCUGGAACUCAGCGGCGUCAAUUACAUCUGGAUCGUUCGAUUUCCUAAAGGAGAGAGAAUCGCCAUUGAAGAAGCGCUACCGGAUGGAUUUCUCGAAAGAAUCGGAGAUAGAGGCAUCGUAAUUGACGAAUGGGCGCCGCAGAUGAAAAUAUUAGGGCAUUCGAGCGUCGGCGCGUUUCUGUCUCACUGCGGAUGAAACUCUGUUCAAGCGAGUCUGCUGCUCGGCGUGCCGAUCAUAUCCCUGCCAAUGCACCUUGAUCAGCCGUGGAACGCCAUGGUGGCGGAGCACGUCGGCGUCUGCGUGCCGGCGGAGAGAGACGGCGGAGGAAAUAUCCGGAGAGAAUCGGUGGCGGUGGCCAUUAAAGAAGUGGUGGUAGAGGGGAGAGGGGAGGAACUGAGAAGAAAAGCGAGAGAAAUUAGCGAAAUCCUGAAGAAUAAAGAAACUGAAACCGUACAGUGUUUGGUGGCGGAACUUCACAGCCUCUCUGAGGCGAGGAAUUGAACGCUUUGUUGCAAAUCGCGUGUAAAUUUCCAUUUUAAAUUCAAUCAAUUUUUACAA